UUUACAACCCUUUAAUCCAAAAGACAUUUGUUUUUAUAUCCCAUAAUCAUCAUAUUCAUUCCUGGAUUUCUAACAGACAUGCAGAAAGAUUAUUUUUACAGCAAACCCAGCUUCACACAGAUCAUUGUAGCCUCUUCCAUUGGCCUGAUCAUUGCUGUGGUAGUGCAUUAUCGUAUUCGGAAGCUAUGGUUUGACAAACUUGCUCCACGCCUCAUAUUAUCAGACACACGAAGAGUUGAAAAGCUAGAAAGGUUUCCCCAUUAUGUAGCUAGGCAAAUGGGAUUCAAAGAUAGGAGAGAAUGUCCACAGCUAUGCAAAUUGGCCUCUAAAUACCUUAGGAAAUAUGAGGGAUCUGAGGAUGAUAUAUAUACGUUCUUCGCAAGUGAACCAGAUGCAGAUUCGCUUUUUGUGAAGCUUGUGGAGGAGUUUGAGAGAUGCAUUCUAAGUUACUUUGCAUUUCAUUGGAGCCUUACCGAUCUUAUGAUUAGUCAGGUGAUGAGUUCUGAUCCUGACCCCAAAAGGAAGCUCAAGCAAAUUUUCAUGGCAGCAACAAGGGAACAAAGAUUUGAGAGGGUGACAAAAAACCUGAAGGUGGCUAGAGUGUUCUCUACAUUGGUAGAGGAGCUGAAAGCAAUGGGAAUGAUAGCAAAUGAUGACUCACGAUGUACAGAGGUGAUGGCUCCAGUGGCACACAGCGAUAGGAGUCCAGUCCUCCUCCUGAUGGGUGGCGGGAUGGGAGCUGGGAAGAGCACAGUGCUUAAAGAAAUUCUGAAAGAACCAUUCUGGGCAGGAGCAGCAGGAAAUGCGGUAAAAAUUGAAGCAGAUGCCUUCAAAGAAUCAGAUGUCAUCUUUAGGGCCCUUAGUUCCAGACGUCAUGGACAUGUCGACAUGCUCCAGACUGCUGAACUGGUACACCAAUCAUCUACUGAUGCUGCAUCAUCCCUCCUGGUGACAGCACUUAAUGAAGGGAGGGAUGUGAUCAUGGAUGGCACCCUCUCUUGGCAACCAUUUGUUGUGCAGACAAUAACAAUGGCCAGGAAUGUUCACCGCCGCCGCUAUCGCAUGGGUGCUGGUUACAGGGCAAAUGAAGAUGGAACUGUAACUGAAAACUACUGGGAACAAAUUGAAGAUGAAGAACCAGAGCAAGUUGGAGGCAAAAAGAGAAAACCAUAUAGGAUAGAGCUUGUUGGAAUUGUCUGUGAUGCCUAUCUAGCUGUUAUAAGAGGCAUAAGGUAUAUUACUAACCAUUAUAUCUUGGUACUUUUUACAUUUUCAUUUUUUAAAAUUUUUAAAAAUAUAUUUGUUUUCUUGUUUAUCUGUCUCUCUCUAUUGAGUAAUCUAAUGUACCAAAGUGUGUUUUUUUUGCAUGUAAACAGGAGAGCCAUCAUGUGUAGAAGAGCUGUAAGAGUAAAUUCACAAUUAAAAUCCCACAAGAGAUUUGCAAAUGCAUUUCUAACAUACUGCCAACUGGUUGAUAAUGCCAGGUUAUAUUGCACGAAUGCUUUGGAAGGCCCGCCUAAGUUGAUAGGAUGGAAAGACAGAGACAAGACAUUGCUGGUUGAUCCAGACGAAAUUGAUUGUUUAAAACGGGUAGAAAGGUUGAAUGAAAAUGCCAAGUCCAUAUAUGAACUUUACAAGCACCCUAACCCAGCUUGCGAAGCUGGGUCAGUUUGGAAAGACAUUGUAUUGUCACCUUCAAGGUUGAACAUUCAGCAGGAGCUGAAGUAUUGCAUCCAGAGAAUUGAAAGAAGGACAUGACAAAUCAAGAGUGCAGGGUCAAUACGGUUUGAAACUUCUCCACUUGGAUGGCUCAAGAAACAAAGGCUGAAGAAAUUGUCAAAUUUUCUAUGUUUGCAACCAAGGAAUAUUUAUCUAUUUUGUAUUAAAUUAAUGAGCUUAUAUGUAGAAUUCCGUUCAAAGAACAAAAUCGGUUAAAAAGUUCAAAACUGAUUAUUCAGAAACAUGUCUAUUGAUAGUGGAGGUGAUUCAGAUAAUAAAAGAUUUUGAAAAUAGUAA